UUGACCGCAAGCCGGAAUUAGUUUUGGAACACUUCGCUCAAUUCAAUUCCGUUGGAGUGGUAUAUGCGGUGGUGGUAUACAUGUCUUCAUAACUCAUUUUGCUCAUGCGUAAACUUACGAUUCAAGCGCAUAUACUACCAGAGGUCUUUGACUGUGGUGACUAGAAGACACGUUUAUUUCUGAACGAAGACAGCGUUCAGAAUUAGAAUGAAGGUUUUCGUUCUCUCUAUAGCUGAAAACGUUAAUUAUCAUUUUUGUCGGUGAUCGGCUUGAUAAAUCGAGUAUUAGAAUCGUCAGCAUUUACCACUCAAAAUAUAAAAUUAUACUUAAAUACAAAAAUUAUUCAAAAAUAUUUAAAUUUCUUUAAAAAAAUCCAGUCAGGACAAAACAACCUAUUACAGAACAAAAUUUUUAAAAUGUUCAAAUUGAGAAAUCAUGAGCUAAAAAAUUUUCAAUCUUAGAGUUUACGACGAUCCGUCCGCAGACCAAGGCAACAGAUUUCUUUUUUGUAGAAGUUAUCCCCUCUCAACAUAUUUUGCCUACUUACGCUUCAAUACUAUCGCGAUUGCUACCUUAUUUUCAGUCUUUUUCUCAAAAUUUCUUUUCUUUUGAAUUCCUGUUUAUGUUUUUCUGAUUACAGCCGCACGCUAAACGUUUUAUAAAUUACUUUUUCUUAUAGAAAUAAGCUAGUCACCGCUGCUGAGCGACUAAAUUAAGAGUCACACAAUCGCCGCAAGUUUGAAAACAACUGUCACAAUAAUGGCCGAGGCAGAGUUUCACUCAAUUCAACCAUCAGCACCCGAUGCACAAAAUGCCCCGUACCCAGCAGACUUCCCAGAUCAAACUCACAUUUCAGCGACACCUAUCACUCCUUAUCCUGUAGCACGACCAGUAGAGCUGGCGUCAUUUUCUGCACAAUUUUACCAAGAUAUCAUCAACCAGGAGGAAAUCACAGAUGCGUUCUCUGAUCACGUCAUCAGCACUAGUUGCUGUUUCAAUGUUCCCGAAAACCCGAAGAAAGACAUUGUAAUUGAAGAGUUUAGGACAAAAUUCAAACUUCAGUACAGGUUGUGCAGUUAUGUUGAGGCAAGAAAACGCACUACACGGAGUGAAAAAGGAUCUCAUCCUGCUCACAUUUCAAUUGGAUCGAACAGUGAUCUGUGGUCAUAUGAUCUGAAGCCCUCCUGUGAUUGGUGGGAAGGAUCACGGGAAGUUGAAACAUCGCGAAAAGUACACACAUGUCAUGCAUGUAACGGCCAGAAAUUCGACAGGUGUGGCAGCUGUCACGGCACUGGAAGAGUGGGCGAAGAUGGCAAUGAAGCUACUUGUGGUAGUUGCAGCGGCAGAGGCUUCAGAGAAUGCUGCGCUUGCAAUGCGACAGGAUUCAUCACAGAUAUAAAUUUGGUUGUUGCCGAAUAUAAAGAGAAAGAUGACUUCCACUUCGAGGGAUCUCAAGUGGGGGUUCCAGAUGAGAAGCUUGAAGACGUCAGUGGAAUAAAGAUGUUCAAUGACGAGCAGUACCCAUUCAUACCCCCCAUUCCUCACUACCCCGAAUCAGCCACUCUAGAUGGUGCUGUAAUGAGUAUACUUCAGAAACAUCACGAGAAAUACGCGGUCAAAAAAAGCGACUACAAACGAGUUCUGAAACAGAAGCACUCUUUGAUGGCUAUUCCUGUAUCUGAGGUGGAUCUAACUUACAAGGAGAAAGAAUACAAGGCAUGGGUGUAUGGAUCAGAGAAAAAAGUGUAUUGUCCAGAAAUGAAGAAAUGUUGCUCGAUUUUGUAGAUUCGUCUUUGUAUAAUUACCCAAAAAAUACAGUUAAUUGCACAAAAAAAAUUCAGAUUUUUUCAGGUUUUCCUGUG